AUGAACGAUCAAUUAUAUAUUCCUGAAGUUGCAAAUGAUCGAAAGCCGGAAAUUGGAAUGAAAUUUGGAUCAAUAGAUGAUGCGUUUGAAUUCUACAAUCAGUAUGCACGUGAAGCUGGUUUUAGUGCAAGAUAUAGCAAUAGUAGAAAGAAUAAGAUGACAAAUGAAGUUGUUUGGAAACAAUUUGUAUGCUUUAAAGCUGGUCAAACUGAUGAAGCUCGUUCAAAAAAUCGAGCACCACCUGGUGGCCCAAUUCAAAUAAGAGCUCGUGGUGAAGUUAGAACUAAUUGUAAGGCAAAGAUCUCCAUUGUCAAGCAACAAACUGGAUCUGACUGGAGUGUUAGCGUCUUUAUGGAAGGUCAUAAUCAUGGACUCUCUACUCCGUCAAAGGUGCAUUUACUCCGAUCACACCGUAGUGUUUCUGCUGUGAAGAGAUUGUUGACUCAACAAUUUUCAGAAGCUAAUAUACCAACCUGUCAACAAAUGCAACUAUUGGAGAUGGAUUCUGGGGGGCCCGAAAGUGUAGGUUGCACAGAAAGAGAUAUCAGGAAUUUAGAGAGAGAAUUAAGGGAUGAACAAAAGGGGAUUGAUGCUGAAACUCUUAUAGAAUUCUUUACUUCCGAGAAGGAGAAAAAUUCAUCAUUUUUCUUUGACUAUGAGACAGAUUCAGAGAAUAUAUUCAAAAGAUGUUUUUGGGCAGAUCCUAAAUCAAGGAGGGCUUAUGGAGCAUUUGGUGAUGUUGUUGUGUUUGAUUCCACUUAUAACACUAAUAAGUAUGGAAUGAUUUUUACACCUUUCGUAGGGGUUAAUCAUCAUCAUCAAACGAUAGUUUUUGGAUGUGGAUUUCUAAGUGAUGAGAAGACAGAAUCAUAUAUUUGGUUGCUUAAUAAGUUUAUGGAAGCUAUGCCAAGUGAUGCACCAAAAGCAAUCAUUACCGAUCAAGAUCCUGCUAUGACGAAAGCACUUGCACAAGUUCUGCCAGAAACAGUGCAUCGUUAUUGUUUGUGGCACAUAUUGAACAAAUUUCCAGAGAAGAUUUCUCCAGUGACUUUCCGAGAUCAUUAUCAGAGCAUAAGGAAUGUUAUUAAAAAUUCAACAUCUCCUGAGGAAUUUGAGAAUGGAUGGAAAGAGGUUAUUAGAUGUGCUAACUUGGAACAAAAUAGUUGGAUAUUGUUGAUGUAUGGACUGCGGCAUAAGUGGGUUCCGACAUAUUUUAGUCAUGUUUUUUUGGCAGGGAUGUCAAGUAGUCAGAGAUCAGAGAGUUCACAUUCAUUUUUUAAAAAGUAUGUCUCUCAAAAGAACUCAUUGAUGGAUUUUAUCACACGAUUCAAUCGGGCACUAAGACGCCAAAGACACAAUGAGUUAGUUGCAGACCAUGUUGACAUGAAUGAGCAACCAAAAAUCAAAACAAAUUGGCCGAUGGAAGCUCAAAUGGUUAAAGUGUACACGAAAAAAAAAUGGACGGAAUUUCAAGAUGAAAUGAGUCGAAGUCAUGGUUACUUUGUGCAACAGACCUCUAUCAGAGAUGAUAUUGUGAUUUACAAUGUGAUGAGUUUCCAAAGUAGUUCGUCCUCAAAACCAAGGCUACUGAUGCAUGAUAAAAAUAGUGACCAUAUCUCAUGUAAUUGUGGGAAAUUUGAGUUUGAUGGUAUUCCGUGCAGACAUAUGCUAGCUUUCUUCCGUGUCAACCAAAUAUUUGAACUACCUGACAAGUAUAUCCUUAAGCGAUGGACACGAGAAGCAAAGAGUGGUGUUGCUUAUAUAUUAGAUGAUGAAAACUGCAAUGAUGAUCCAACAAGAUUUUUGAUCUCACGACGAGCCAAGUUAUCUUAUAAGGCCUCAACACUAAUUGAUUAUGCAUCUUUGACUGACGAGGGGACAAAGUUUUUGGAUGAACAACUUGAUUACAUACAUGGUAAAAUCAAGGAGAUGGGUAUUAGUCCAACAACUAUGCACGGAAGUCAAACAAGGAAGAGCUUAGAUAAAACCAAAAACAUUGGUGAUCCUUCUAAGAUAAGAUCAAAAGGAUGUGGUAAGCGAAUGUUAUCAUCAAAAGAGAAGUCAAUUUUAAAGACUAGGGCUUGUCGUGGCUGUGGACUACGUGGUGCAUCACAUGAUAAACGUAAUUGCCCAAAGUUGCAAGACAGAUACGAUAAUCAAAAUCACUCUCUGUUUCGAACCUUGUACACGGUCCACGCCGACGACUUCUACCAGGCCAACUGCCGCGGCGCCGACAUCCGAAGGGGAGGGCCUAGGGAGCCAUGGCAUGACAUCCACUGCAAGGUGGAGGGCGCCGCCGCGUGGUAUGUGCUCUACAAUUUCGAGCAGAGGUGGCGGAAGUAG